AUGGGCGUUUUCCUGGCAGAGUCUGAGCUGCCCCCAGGAGCCGGUCCAGGCCUGUGGGGCUUCUCUCUGGCCUGUGCCGAGUCCAGCCUUGGUUGUGGGUUCAAGCCGUGUUCCCGCCGAACCGUCCCACUGAGCUCCCUGGCACGCACGCCUAGGUGCACGCUUUAUGGCACUACGGUGGCCUCCUGUGCGCACUCGCUGGCUACUGUGGGAGACACUGUGCAGAACCUGAGCAUCAACAGUCCCCGCCGCACAAGCCCCACAGGCGCAGACAGCGCAGAGCUGCAGCAGCUGCGGGUACAGGAGGCGGUGGAGUCCAUGGUGAAGAGUCUGGAGAGAGAGAACAUCUGGCAGAUGCAUUGUCUCAUGUUCCCGUGCAGCACCAGCUGUUGUGAGGACAGUCAGGCCUCCAUGCAGCAGGUGCACCAGUGCAUGGAGCUCCGCCAUGUGCCUCUGGCUGAAGCCCAGGCUUUGGUCACCAGUGAGUUGGAGAAGUUCCAGGACCACCUGGUCCAGUGCACCACGCAUUGCAAUGACAAAGCCAAAGAUUCAAUAGAUGCUGGGAGUAAGGAGCUUCAGGUGAAGCAGAAGCUGGACGGUGGUGUGACCAAGUGUGUGGAUGACCACAGGCACCUCAUCCCAACUAUGACCGAGAAGAUGAAGGAGGCUCUCUCAUCCAUUGGGAAAUAA